ACAGGUUAACAUCUUCGAAAACGUUGUUUGACUUUUGUAUAAUCAUAAUUCUCUUCAACACGGUUGCCAUGGAAAUGGAAUGAAUCUUCCUACACUUUGACAGGGUCCUUUCCUUUCCUUCGCAAGACUUAGUGAAAAAAAUAAUGCCAUAUAUAAUGAAAAAUCAUCUUAAAAUUAAAACCCCAUCUCAGAGAGAGAGAGAAUUUGGUUAGGAAGAAAAACUAAACAUGGAAAGAGAGAAAAGAAGGGUUGUCAUCAUUGGAGGUGGCGUUGCUGGCUCUCUUCUUGCUAAAUCUAUCCAAUUCAAUUCUGAUCUUACUCUCAUUGAUGAAAAAGAAUAUUUUGAGAUACCAUGGGCAAGGUGGAGGGCAAUGGUGGAUCCAUCAUUUGGUGAGAGAUCAGUGAUCAACCAUAGAGAUUAUCUCACAAAUGGCAGAAUUGUUGCAUCAAGUGCCAUCGAUAUCACUGAAACCGAAGUUUUGACAGCCGAAGGCCGCCUUAUUCCCUAUGAUUACCUUGUCAUUGCCACUGGCCAUACAGAUUCUGUUCCCAAAACAAGGACUGAGAUGUUGAACCAAUACCAAACAGAAUGUGAGAAAAUUAAUUCGGCUCGGUCAAUUUUGAUUGUUGGAGGAGGCCCUACUGGUGUAGAACUUGCAGGAGAGAUUGCUGUUGAUUUUCCAGACAAGUUGCUUACAUUGGUUCAUAAUGGCCCAAGGUUAAUGGAAUUUAUUGGAAUCAAGGCUGCUAGCAAGGCUCUCAAUUGGUUAACUUCAAAAAAAGUUGAAGUGAAAUUGGGGGAGUCAGUGAUUCUAAAUGAUGAUAAUGAUGAUGAUGAUGAGGAUAAUGCAAAUGGGGUAAAACUUUUUCAAACUUCUAGAGGAGAAUCUGUGAAGGCAGAUUGCCAUUUUCUAUGCACUGGGAGACCGGUGGCCUCAUCAUGGCUUCGGCGAACACUUUUGAAAUCUAACUUGGACAAGCGCGGAAGAUUGAUGGUUGAUGAGAAUCUGCGAGUAAAGAAUCGAAACAAUGUAUUCGCCAUUGGAGACAUUACUGAUAUUCCAGAGAUAAAACAGGGGUAUUUGGCUCAAAAACAUGCUUUAGUGGCUGCAAAGAACUUGAAGUUAAUAAUGGAUGGUGAGAAAGAAAGCAAAUUGGAAAAGUAUGAGCCUCGUACACCAAAGGCAGUAAUGGUUUCACUUGGUAGGAAAGAGGCAGUGGCUCAGUUCUCAUUCACAACCGUUUCUGGAAGUGUUCCUGGAAUGGUCAAAUCCAAAGACCUCUUUGUAGGGAGGACAAGGAAGAAGUUGGGUCUACAACCUAAUGCUACAUUAAUUGAUUGAUUACUAAUAUUUUGAUAUUUUCACCAUAAAAUUAUUCUUAUUCUUCUUCCUAUUUUGUUGUUUAUAUUAGAGUAAUUUGUGAUAUAAAUACUUAAGUUUAAUUUUUUGUUGCAAAUAAAUAUUUAAGUUUAAUUUUUGGAAGUAAUAAUAUUUAAUUUUUUUUUGUAACUCUGUAAGUAUCUAACCGUGAAAUGUUAAGUUAUUAUAUCCACG